GUGGAACAGAGGGAGCAGUAAUAAUUGAAGUAGUACAACACUCGCUCAGAGGAUUGUGGAGCUCCAGAUCAUUCAACUUUACAAUGCUGAGAGGCUUGGCACUCGCGUUUUCCGUGAGCUUCUUCUCAUGCUACCUGACGUCUGUUCCUUCGCUAGCUUCCUCCGAUGGCCAUGGCUUCCUCCAAUGCCUACGGGAGAAGAUGCCCAGCGAGCUGGUGUACACGCAGAGCUCCAGCAACUUCACCGACGUGCUGUUCUCCUCCAUCAAGAACCCCAAGUUCUUCACCACCGCCACGGUGAGCCCGCGGCUCUGCAUCGUCACUCCCGGCGACGCCUCCCACGUCCAGGCCGCCGUGGUGUGCGGCCGCAGGCAGGGCGUGCGCCUCCGCGUGCGCAGCGGCGGGCACGACUACGAGGGCCUGUCGUACCGCUCGGUGCGGCCGUCCGAGGUAUUCGCGGUGGUCGACCUCGGCGCCAGCCUUCUGGCCGUGCGCGUCGACCGGAUCGAGUCCACGGCCUGGGUCGAAUCAGGCGCCACCAUCGGGGAGCUGUACUACGCCAUCGCGAGGAACGACUCCCGGGUCGCGUUCCCGGCCGGCGAGUGCCCGACAGUCGGCGUGGGAGGCCACUUCAGCGGCGGGGGCAUCGGAAUGAUGACGCGCAAGCAUGGCCUCGCCGUCGACAAGAUCGUCGACGCCAAGAUGGUCAACGCCAACGGGGAACUACUCGACAGGGCCGGCAUGGGGGAGGACCUUUUCUGGGCCAUCCGAGGUGGCGGCGGCGGGAGCUUCGGCAUCGUGCUCUCGUGGAAAGUCCAGCUCGUCCAGGUCCCGCCGACGGUGACGGUAUUCAACAUCGGAAGAAUGGUCGACCAGGGCGCCGUGGACAUCCUCACCAGAUGGCAGCACAUCGCGCCCUCGCUCCCCAGCGACCUCACCAUAAGGGUGCUCGUGCAGCAGGGGCAGCAGGCUCUGUUCCAGGCCCUGUACUUCGGCACGUGCGGCGCGCUGGUGGCGACGAUGGGCGAGCAGUUCCCGGAGCUCGGCAUGACGAGCGCCGACUGCCAGCAGAUGACCUGGCUGCAGUCCGCGGCCACACCCUUCCUCAGCUUCGCCAGCAACGGCACGCUGGAGGAAGUGCUCCUGGACAGGACUGCCUGGACUAGCGCCUUCACCAAGGCCAAGUCCGACUACGUCCUGCGCGCCAUCCCAAAGGCCGCGUGGAAGGAAAUCUUCUCGCGCUGGUUCGGCAUGGACGGCGCGGGGGACAUCAUCCUGGAGCCCCACGGCGGGUUCAUGGACAGCGUCCCAGCCGCCGCCAGGCCGUACCCGCACCGGAACGGCGUGCUGUACGUCAUCCAGUACAUCGCAUACUGGCAGCAGCAGGGUGACGGCGGCGCUGCGGCCAAGAGCUGGAUCGGCGGCCUGUACGACUUCAUGGGGCAGCACGUGAGCACGAACCCGAGGCGGGCGUACGUGAACUUCCGCGACCUGGACAUCGGCCAGAACGACGACGACGGCACCUUCGAGAGCGGAAAGGUCUGGGGCGAGCGGUACUUCGUGGGCAACUACCGAAGGCUAGCGGCGGUGAAGGCCGGCGUAGAUCCGACGAACUACUUCAGAAACGAGCAGAGCAUCCCGCCGUUUAUGGAGACGACGACGCAAGUGAUCUAGGAGAGCUGCAUGCAUGUGCGAGAGGUAUCAGACGAAUUAACACUUCGAUCUUGAUGUGCCUACUACAAGUCGAGAUCAGUUUGCUUUCAUGAAUGAGUUAAUUGCAUAAAACCAUCACAUUUUAGGCUUCUUUU